AAGAGACAAAGAGAUACAACGCUAUGUCCACUAUUGUUGGAGUUAAACAUCAAAGAAAGUUAGGUCUUAAAGUAGCUAAAGGCUGCGCAAAAGAGCUUCCGCCAACAACUGAUGUUUUUGGCCAUCUACAGAGGAAAUAUAUUCUUUUACCAACCACCUCUUGAAAUGGUUUUUGUUCUUCUUGCAGCUCAAAAUACAAGUCCAACACCAAGUUCUGAGCUUUAUGAUGGGACUCUCAGACAAAGACAUCGAACUGAAAACCGAAGAAUCGACAAUUAAAAGCCGAGUUCUCGAGAUAACAAGCCAAGAGAAGAGGAGGGUUUCGGGUAGAUCGCUUUCUCUUCCACAUGUAGAUGUAAUGGACCAGAAACCAGGUUGGCCGUUGCUAAGAACAACCACUUUAGCUACUCCUGUGGUUCAACAUCAGACUCGAAAAGUAUCAGUUGUCAACUGGGUCAUGAGCUUGCCUGAACGGUUUCCAAAUCUGACUUCUCAACAAAGCUUUUGCGAUUCACAACUUAAAGACAUACUAAAGGAAAUAAACAAAUGGUUUAGCUAUGAUGUUCUUAAGACAGCAACAUCUGAUUUCUCUUCAGAGAAUCUAAUCGGAAAAGGAGGAUGUAACGAAGUCUACAAAGGGGUUCUUGAAGAUGGGAAAGAAGUUGCGGUGAAAAUCUUGAAAUCAUCUGGUAAAGAAGCAGUGAAUGAUUUUGUUCAAGAAGUGAAAAUAAUCUCUUCUUUGAGUCACCAAAACAUCUCUCCUCUGGUCGGUAUCUGCGUUUGGUAUAACGACCUAAUCUCGGUUUACAAUCUCUCAUCCAGAGGAAGUUUAGAGGAAGCCCUUCAGGGUAAGCAUGUAUUGGGAUGGGAAGAGAGAUUCCAGAUAGCUAUUGGAUUAGGGAAAGCUCUUGAUUAUCUUCAUAACCAAUGUUCUAAUCCUGUGAUCCACAGAGAUGUUAAAUCUUCCAAUGUUCUCCUCUCAGAUGAGUUUGAACCUCAGCUUUCGGAUUUCGGGCUUUCGAUGUGGGGUUCAAACUCUUGUGGAUACACAAUACAAAGGGACGUGGUGGGGACGUUUGGAUACCUAGCUCCUGAGUACUUCAUGUAUGGAAAAGUCAGCGAUAAAGUCGAUGUUUAUGCCUUUGGUGUAGUUUUGCUUGAACUCAUAUCAGGAAGAACUACUAUUUCGUCUGAUAGCCCAAGAGGACAAGAGAGUUUGGUCAUGUGGGCAAUACCGAUGAUUGAAAAAGGCGAUGCAAAAGAGCUCUUGGAUCCGAACAUUCCAGGGAGUUUAGAUGAGGCACGGUUUCAGAAAACGGUUCUUGCUGCUAGAUGUUGCCUUACAAGAGCAGCUACUCACCGUCCCAAUAUCAGAGAGAUACUCAAGCUGCUAAGAGGAGAAGAUGAGGUAGAGAAAUGGGUGAAGAAAGUGGAAGAAGAUGAGGACAGUUUCGAUGACGAUGAGGUUUACCCAAACUCGAACAAAGAUUUACACUUGAGCCUCGCGAUGCUGGGCAUCGAGGAUAUUGACUCGGUUUCAGUCGGCAGCAUGGAGAGAAGUAACCGUAGCAUAUUUUCUUCCUCUUCCUCGCAGGAGCUUCAGUCUUAAUUAGGGAGUGUGCUUAGUGUCUCGAGUUUUCUCAGAGAUAUCAAGCUGGAUAUAAGUACUCUGACUUGGCUUUUGCUACUA